GUCAGCAUGCGGCCUUCCAACUGGUGCGCGUCGGCGCUGGUUCUCACGAGCGUCCUUCUGUACCUAAGCGCCGUGAAGCACGUGCGCGGGAAAAGCACGGGAGGCAAGCACCGGAACGAUUACUUCUACUACAACCACGAGGAAAUGACGGCCUUUCUGCGCAAUGUGAGCACCGACUACCCGGACUUCACCAAGCUCUACAGCGUCGGAAAGUCCGUCGAAAACCGGGACCUCUGGGUUCUCCUCAUCACCAAAGAGCCGCACGAAGAGCCGCUGCUUAAGCCCAACGUCAAAUACGUGGCCAACAUGCACGGCAAUGAGGUCGUGGGCCGCCAGCUGAUGGUGUAUCUGAUCACGCACCUGCUCACCGGGUACAGUACGGACGCAUACGUGCGCAACCUGCUGGACAACACGCGAAUCCACAUCAUGCCCAGCAUGAACCCGGACGGCUACGAGAUCUCCGAGGAGGGCGACUGUAAGAGCGGGCACGGACGGGCCAACGCCCGCGGAGAGGAUUUGAACCGCAACUUUCCGGACUACUUCGAGACUCAGACGGCGAUCGAGCAGCCGGAAACCACGGCAGUGCGUCGCUGGAUCCACGAGAUACCUUUCGUGCUCUCGGCAAACCUCCACGGCGGGGCCGAGGUCGUCUCCUACCCCUUCGACAACUUGCCAAACGCCGUGUCCCGCCAGUACAACAAAGCGUCACUGACGCCCGAUGACGACGUGUUCAAGCACAUCGCGAGCGUGUACUCGUUCAACCACGCCAACAUGUACCUGGGGGCGCAAUGCGACGACUGGUCCUUCCCCAACGGCACCACCAACGGAGCAGCCUGGUACCGGCUCAAAGGUGGCAUGCAGGACUACAAUUACGUUUGGGAAGGCUGCAUGGAGGUGACGUUGGAAAUCUCCUGCUGCAAGUACCCGCUGAGACAAGAGCUUCCCCGCUUCUGGAAGGACAACAAGCAGUCCUUGCUUGCCUACUUGGGCGAAGUCCACAAAGGCGUCCGUGGCAUUGUGACAGAUGAAGAGAACAACGCCGUGGCCAAUGCGUCCCUAAAGAUCUCCAACCGUAGCAUCGGCUUCAGAACAACGUCCAGGGGAGAGUAUUGGAGGAUCCUCAGACCGGGUCACUACACCCUCGAGGUGACGGCUCCUGGCUUUCACACUUCGAAGCAGGACUUCAUCGUCUCGGACGAGCAGAUCUCUAUUCUGAACGUGACGCUCAAGCCGCAACAGCCAGUGUCUCCGCCUAGAGUUCCCCCCCUGGAGGUUCCGACCGACCCGACUAAGCCAGAGUCUCUUAGACUCGACUACCCCGCCGUGUCCCCACCGCGCCAGUUGUUCGAUGGCUUUAAGGUGCAGCCUUUCCCCACUGACAACGGAUUCGAGCUGUCUCCUUUCCAACAUCACUAA